GGGCGUGGCCUCGCGUUGGCGGUCGGAGCGAACAUGGAGGCGUAGAGUCAGUGAGAUGAUGAUGAAGAGGAGGGUGAUGCUGGAGCUGCGCGGCCGGGGCCCGGCGGAGGUGGUGGAGCUGGUGGUGGAUAACUGUCGCUCCGGUGACGGAGAGGUUGAAGGUCUGACAGACGAGUACACGGGGCUGGAGAUCCUCAGCAUGGUGAACGUCGGCCUCUCGUCGCUCUCCAAACUGCCCUCUCUGCCCAAACUACGAAAGCUGGAGUUGAGUGAUAACAUCAUCUCAGGAGGUCUGGACUCGCUGGCGGAGAAAUGUCCCAACCUGACGUACCUGAACCUGAGCGGGAACAAGAUCAAAGAGAUGAGCAGCAUCGAGACGCUGCAGAACCUGAAGAACCUGAAGAGUCUGGACCUGUACAGCUGUGAGGUGUCCACGCUGGACGACUACAGAGACGGCGUCUUCGAGCUGCUGCCUCAUCUCACGUUCCUGGACGGGUACGACCAGGAGGACAACGAGGUGCCCGACUCAGAGGCCGACAACGAUGAUGAUGAAGAUGAAGCCGGUCCCCAUGGAGACGUCGACGACGACGAUGAUGAUGACGAAGAGGAGGAGGAUGAUGAUGAUGCUGACAGCUCUGAGGGAGAGGAGGAUGAGGUCGGCCUGUCGUACCUGAUGAAGGAGGGAAUCCAGGAUGAGGAAGAUGAUGGAGACUAUGUAGAAGAAGAGGAGGAGGACGAGGAGGAGGAGGAAGAUGGAGAUGUGGACGGUGCAGAUGUUCAGGGGGAGAAGAGGAAGAGAGAAGCCGAAGACGACGGAGACGAUGAUGAUGAUGAAUAGAUGAUCUCCAUCCCACUAUGACCCCGCCUCCUCCUCCAGUGACCUCUGACCCCCGCAGACAGACAGGAAACAGAGAGCAGGUUCAGGAUCAGUUCUCACCAAACACACUCUUCAAGCAUGGCCGUCAUGUGACUGGUGAUGUCACCGUUACCCCGGUAACAUGUGAUCAGAUCACAGAUCAAUGCUGUGAUUAUCAGACUGUUCCAGACUCCUUCAAGAAACUGGACAUCUGUCUGAAAACUUUAUUAACAAGCGCUCUGAUUGACAGACAUUCACGGUGGACAGUAAUCAGUACUUUUACUGAAGUACUGUUGGCGUUACUUGUACUUCAGUAUUUCCAUUUUAUGUUUCAUUUAAAGUCGUAGUUUCUUGAAACUUCAUAGAAUUUGACAGAAUGUGAAGUUUUGAAGUACCAAUAGUGUACAAAUACUCAAAGUGCUCACAUGUUACUGCAUCAGAAGUACUAAAAAUAUGACUAAUAGUAAUUUAAUGAGGUGCUGUUGUACCUUUACUGCUGUCACCUCUGGGUGUUUCAGCUGGUUGAUCUUUUAGUCUGAUUGAUUAUUCAUCUGAUCAGAAGUUCUAAUGUUCUCCCGGUUCUACUUCCUGUUUUGGUCUCUUUAAAAACAAACAAACAUUCAUAAUCAGUUGAUAUUCAAUAAUCACACAGUUUGAUCAGACCCGUUUGGUCCCCAGAACCAGAACUUCAGAGUCUGAUCCUGAGCUGGUCUGGAGGUUCUCUUCUAAUCUUUUUCUGCUGUAGUCUGGUCUGUGACUGUAACGACUACAUUACCCAUGAGCCCCAGCUAUCUGAUGCACUCUGGGAUGAUUUUUAAAAAAUGUUUAAAUGUCCCCAACUGUCAGUCUGCACAUCUCAACUCCUCCUGGUCUGUUUGGGUCCUCCUGACCCUGGUCUCUGUGGGUCCUGACCCUGGUCUCUGUGGGUCCUGACCCUGGUCUCUGUGGGUCCUGACCCUGGUCUCUGUGGGUCCUGACCCUGGUCUCUGUGGGUCCUGACCCUGGUCUCUGUGGGUCCUGACCCUGGUCUCUGUGGGUCCAGACCCUGGUCUCUGUGGGUCCUGACCCUGGUCUCUGUGGGUCCUGACCCUGGUCUCUGUGGGUCCAGACCCUGGUCUCUGUGGGUCCAGACCCUGGUCUGUGUAAAUAGAAGUGAAGUGGUCUCUGUAGGUUUUCGGCGUCCUGUGUGAAUCUUGAAUCUGUUCAUUUUAUUUUUUUAUUCCGUCUUCUUCUUCUUCUUGUGUCGUUGUAUCGAGUGUUUUUCAAUAAAAACAAAUGAAAUCUCAA